AUGCCACCAGGACAGCGAGGACGUGGGCGCGGCGGCAGCAGUGGUAGCUUCGGCGGUCGAGGCGGUAAUAGCAGUAGAGGACGGGGUGGCGCACGGGGCCGCGGCGGCGGUGGUAGAGGCCGAGGUGGUAUCCGCAGUUUCGAGAACCGUCCUAGAGAUAGCAAGCACCCAGCGCCGUCAGAAGACGAAGCCAGCUCCGACGAGCAAGUCGGCGCAGCCCAUAAUGCCCCCGGGUCCGGGUCCGAGUCCGAGUCUGAAGACGACGACGCUGUCCUCACCACGGAGGACGAGGAGGAGCCGGAAGACACCAGCGCAAAGCCGUAUAACGUGCUACUGCAGUCCCUAACGCUGAGCCGCAAGUCCAAAGACACACGGGACGCAAAGCGCCGGAAAACCCAGCACGUCGUGGAAGCGGAGGAGGAGGAUCCGGAGGAGGAGUGGGCGCCUGUGGACGAAGAGGGCGCAGAGGAAGAGGAAGAGCAGCAGCAGGAUGGCGGGGAUAGCGACGACGAGAACCAGUCCGACCCCUUCGAGUCCCAUUUUGCAACCCCGACGCCCUCGUAUCUCGCACGCACAAAGGCCGCAGAGGCAAACAGCUGGGAGACCAAGAAGCUCACGCACCCGGCGCUCAGCGGGAAGCUGGUCUUCAGCGCCCCCAGCGAGUCGCAAGCAGCGCCGGGCAAGAAGGUCGACCGCAUCGCAGACGUCAACCUGAAGAACAAGCUCGCUGCGCCCUUCGAGGCCCUCAACGGUGAGCUCACGCCGGUGCAGCAGGCGCUCGCGCCCUACAUCUUUGCCAACCAGGACGUCCUCUUCACCUCGCGGACGCCCGACAACGCCGCCGCCGUCCGCAACCUGGCCUGCGUGCAUGCGCUCAACCACAUCUACAAGACGCGCAGCAGGGUGCUCAAGAACAACGAGCGCCUCUCGCGCGCCGCCACCACGGACGACGGCGCCGCCGACCUCGAGCUGCGCGACCAGGGCUUCACGCGGCCAAAGGUGCUCUUCCUGCUGCCGACGCGGAACGCCUGCGCGGAGGUGGUCAACACCCUGCUCGCGCUGUCGCAGGCGGAGCAGCAGGAGAACAAGAAGCGCUUCACCGACAGCUUCACGCUCCCGCCCUCGGAGGAGCGCAUCCCCGCCACGAAGCCCGCCGACUUCCGCGAGCUCUUCUCCGGCAACCACGACGACCUCUUCCGCCUCGGCCUCAAGUUCACGCGCAAGUCCGUCAAGCUCUUCUCGCAAUUCUACACCUCCGACAUCAUCCUCGCCUCCCCGCUCGGCCUACGCAUGGUGCUCGGGGACGAGGGUGAUAGGAAGCGCGACUACGACUUCCUCUCCUCGCUCGAGCUCGUGGUCGUCGACCACGCCGACGCCCUGCUCAUGCAGAACUGGGAGCACGUCGAGCACGUCUUCAAGCACCUCAACCUCAUCCCCACGGACGCCCACGGCUGCGACUUUGGCCGCGUGCGCUCAUGGUACCUCGACUCGCAGGCGCGCUUCGUGCGGCAGACGCUCGUCACCGCAACCUUCCUCACGCCCGAGAUCAACGCGCUCUUCGCCGGGCACAUGCGCAGCAUCGCCGGCCGCGUCAAGACCGCGCCCGAGUACGCGGGCGCCAUGACGGACCUGGGCCUGCAGGUGCGGCAGACGUUCAUGCGCUUUGACGCCCGCGCGCCGGCGCAAGACGCCGAUGCGCGGUUUGCGUUCUUCGCGGCCAUGGUGCUCCCGGGACUGCAGCGCAGCGCGGGGGGGAGCGUGGUGUUUGUACACUCGUACUACGACUUUGUGAGGGUGCGCAACCACCUGGAUGGCUUGGGGCUCGACUUUGGCGUCGUCAGCGAGGAGACGGCGGUGGGUGCUGUUGCGCGGGCGAGGAGCCACUUCAGGACGGGGAGGCUCAAGGUGCUGCUGUAUACCGGGCGCGCGCACCAUUUUCGGAGGUAUGAGGUGGCUGGGGCGAGGGAGGUGGUGUUCUACCAGGUGCCGGAUAAUGAGCGGUUCUAUCGCGAGGUGGCGGGGGGGUGGUUGGCGAGGAGUGUGCGCGAGGGGAUGGCGGAGGCGGGGACGUGUAGGGUGAGGGUCUUGUUUAGUCGGUGGGAUGUGCUGAGGUUGGAGAGGGUUGUGGGGUCGAAGAGGGUGGGCGUGAUGUGUACGGAUGUGGGCGACACUUUUGAAUUUGUGUAG